AUAAGGAAGAAGAAGAGCCGUUCCGGUUCACCGGACACUUUGCUUUCGAACAGCGGACGAUCCAAAGAAGUCAUGUCUAAGGAAGGAGCAGAAGGAGCUGCUAAACCCAGACUAACAGAGGCGGAGGAACAACUCCUCCGCCACCGAAAGAAUCUCGAUUUCUGGAAGAAAAAUGCAGCCCAGAUCCGAACCCGCAACCUGCUGACAGGCUUGUCUAUAGGAGCUUUUGUGGUCGGCAUAUUUAGCUACACCAUCCUGUCUGUGAAACAGGAGAGAAUUGUGGAGGAACUGGAUGAGGAAGCUAGGAUCCACAUCAUCAGAGGGCCACGGACUGGUGCCAACUCCUGACUCAGUUGGACUGGGCUUUCUGGCCCCUUAAUACAGGUGGAGAAGUUUACACGUGGAUGCUGGAGGGAUCACGGCUCAUAUACGGACAUUACAAUGUUUCUGGUUCCUUUUCUGCUUGGAAAGAAAUAAAAGCAGAUAUAAUCAUAUAUAUAUAUUUCUGAUCAGUUUUCUGCAUUACUGUAAGCCUUAAUGUGC